AGUUCCAUGGCCUCCGCUUCCUGCCGCCAGCGCUCGCGUCGCUUUGGUCGGUACUUGCCUACAGGUCGGCUAGUCUCGGCCGAGGCCCCCCUCCAGCGACACCCAGGCCUUGAUGUAGAUGCCAGGCCCCACCUGCAGCGGGCCUGUGCUCGCCAUGACAUCCCUGCUCUCUGCCUGUUUCUUGGGCUCCGGACUGACCCCGCCCACCAGGACCGCCACUGGAACUAGGAGCUGCAGGCUGCUGCCCGCCAGGGCCCUGAUGGUGACCUGCAUGACUUCUUCCAGCCACUGCCAAGUCACAGUCCAUCUGCCAUGGGAAUAAAGAGUAAGGAUGGAGAGACCCCUGGGCAACUCCUGGGCUGGACCUCGCCCUGGGAUGCUGCUGAAGAGGAAGAAGAAGACAAGGCAUCCAGGGAGCACAGAAGGCAGAAGCCGCAUGGAGAGCUCGAGGAUGAGUGGAACGGCAGGAGGUCUUUGGACCACUUGAAGGACACUUCCCAAGAGGCCCAGGAACCUGAGCCCUUCCCAGCCUGGACAGAUCACCUGGCCUGGGAAAAUGCCCAGAAGUGCCAGCAGCAGCUGCAGCAGCAGGAGGCAGAAGCUUGCAGACCCCCACAGGCUGAGGGCUCCAGUCUCAGCUGGUGGCAACAGGAGAAGGAGCAGUGGCUCUUCCGAGAGUGAGCUGGAGCCGAGGAGGAGGAGCUGUGUGAGAGGCAAGCCAGGAGCCAGGCCAUCACCGCAGGCUCUCAGGGGCCUGGGGCCCAGGGCCCAACACCCCGCAGAGCAGGGAGGGGCAGCCUCUGGCACUUAGAUCAAGUGCCCAGGCCCCACCCUGGGGGAGGAGACGCAGAGGCCAUGGCUGCAGUCCUGGUGGAGGGCCCGCCCCCCCCCCCCCCUUGGAGGAGCAGGUGGCUCCUGAGGGUCCAGUGCAUUCGCUGGCACCCUGACCACUUCCUACAGUGAUUAUGGAGCCAGAUUGAGACCUGGGAGCUAGGCCAGGUGAUGGGAGCUGUGACAACCCUUUCCCAGGCCCUGAAUCAUUCAGAGGCCCUUAAAUGACCUCAGGAAAACGGAGAAACUGCAAGGAACGCAGCCUUGGGGCAGGAUGGCAGGAAGGGCACAGUCAGAGACAGGAAUGAUGAGGGCCAGGCAGAUGCUGCACAGCAGAGGACACAUGGGGUGGGAGUGGAACUGGUAAUGAGUGGGGGUGGGGAGGACAGGCCACCACCGCUGCUCCUUGACUCUUUCAUUUCCUAAUAAGACCUGGUUCGCAUCUCACUCCUGGUGUCUCCUCUGCCUUUUUUCCAUUGCUGUGGUUUUCAUCACCCAUGACAUCUCCUUUCCCGCCCCGCCAGCCAAAACCCACAGCUCCCACACACCUGUGACAUGCAUGCACGCACUAACACGUGCCCUCAGCUGGCGACAAGAAACCCCCUGCUUGCCCACCCAUUAGGUUGGUCCUAAGAAGGCCCAGUUUGCCCUCCUGCGUGACUCCACUCCCUAUGCUGGUCUCCCCUCUGCAGUCAGCCCCUGGAGAAAUAGAUGUGAAGAGAGGCCAAAAAAAAAAAGGAACAAACCCAGUUUCCCUCCCCUCCCCAGCCAGAACCACAUCCUCCUCCCCACUAACACCCCUCCCCCAGCAUAGACAGGGCUUUCCCUUUGCUGAGUCACUGAAUGGUCCAAGUUGGGGGCAGCCAGAGCUGGGGGACAUAAGGAGGUUGUAGGAGGUCAGAGGAUAGAAGCAGGAUGGAUGGAGGAAGAGCUCUGUGUGUGGGAGUGGAAUUUCAGUUGCUAAAAUUAGAAGCAGGGGAAGCAGGCGGAAAGAGCCAAAUUAUGUAACCUGGGUUGUCUGCUCUUGGGCAACAUGGAAUCCAACCCGAGGCCAUCUCUCCCCUUCAGUUCACUCCUCUCUCUCCUCCAGACCCUGAGGAAAGAGUGAAGUAAGAUGGACUCACUAUAGUCAAGUUGUUAAAAACUAACAUCAGGUAGGUUGAGGCCUGAGGAAAUGAUUCUCUUCUCAUUUUAACUAGCCUUGGAACUAAAAUUUCUUAAUUUUCCAGUCCUGCCUCAAUGCCUGGGCACACAUCUGACCUCCAGGUAACCCCCUGAUUACCCCUGAAGGACUCAGGUAUACAUUCACCUGGCAUCCACCAUCCGGACCACCUGUCAUCUGACAGAUAACUUUCCUGGACCAAUCCUAGAAUGCAGGACUGACAGUUCUCAAGGAUUACACUUUUUACUAUAAGAACUCUUAAUUUUUCUUCCUUCUUCAGAAAUAUUUGUGGGUUUCUGCCUAGUUAUAUUUCCAGUUUGCAAACUCUUUAAUAAAUCUUUAUCAUUUAUUUCUA